GGCGCCGGCCCUGGUGGCCGCGGCGGCCGCCUCGGUGCGGCAGAGCCCGGCGCCCGCGCUGGCGCGCCUGGAGGGCCGCGAGUUCGAGUUCCUCAUGCGGCAGCCGAGCGUCACCAUCGGCCGCAACUCGUCGCAGGGCUCCGUGGACCUGAGCAUGGGCCUGUCGAGCUUCAUCUCGCGGCGCCACCUGCAGCUCAGCUUCCAGGAGCCGCACUUCUACCUGCGCUGCCUCGGCAAGAACGGUGUCUUCGUGGACGGGGCCUUCCAGCGGCGCGGCGCGCCCGCCCUGCAGCUGCCCAAGCAGUGUACUUUCCGGUUUCCCAGCACGGCCAUCAAGAUCCAGUUCACGUCGCUGUACCACAAGGAGGAGGCUCCGGCCUCCCCGCUCCGGCCGCUGUACCCGCAGAUCUCUCCUCUGAAGAUUCACAUCCCGGAGCCGGAUCUCCGGAGCCUGGUCAGCCCCGUGCCCUCCCCGACUGGCACCAUCAGCGUCCCCAACUCCUGCCCGGCCAGUCCGCGCGGCGCCGGGUCCUCAGGUUACCGCUUCGUCCAGAACGUGACCUCGGACCUGCAGCUGGCAGCAGAGUUCGCAGCGAAGGCCGCCUCGGAGCAGCAGGCAGACGCGUCCGGAGGGGACAGCCCCAAGGACGAGUCGAAGCCACCGUACUCCUACGCGCAGCUGAUCGUGCAGGCCAUCUCCUCGGCCCAGGACCGGCAGUUAACACUAAGCGGCAUCUACGCCCACAUCACCAAACAUUACCCCUAUUACAGGACGGCCGACAAAGGCUGGCAGAAUUCUAUCCGACACAACCUCUCUUUGAACCGCUACUUUAUUAAAGUCCCACGUUCCCAGGAGGAGCCUGGGAAGGGGUCGUUUUGGCGAAUAGACCCUGCCUCAGAAGCUAAACUCGUGGAACAGGCAUUCCGGAAGCGGAGGCAGAGAGGCGUCUCCUGCUUCCGCACCCCCUUUGGGCCUCUGUCCUCAAGGAGCGCCCCAGCCUCGCCCACACACCCUGGGCUGAUGUCCCCUCGCUCGAGUGGCCUGCAGACCCCGGAGUGCCUGUCUCGGGAGGGCUCCCCCAUCCCACACGACUCUGACUUGGGGUCGAAGUUAACUGCUGUUCCAGAGUAUCGGUAUUCCCAAAGCGCACCCGGCUCCCCCGUCAGUGCCCAGCCGGUGAUCAUGGCUGUGCCUCCCCGCCCGUCCAGUUUGGUGGCCAAGCCUGUGGCCUACAUGCCAGCCUCCAUCGUGACGUCACAGCAACCGGCAGGCCACGCGAUCCAUGUUGUGCAGCAGGCCCCCACUGUCACCAUGGUCAGGGUGGUCACCACCUCCGCCAGCUCUGCCAACGGGUACAUCCUGGCCAGCCAGGGCUCGGCAAGUGGCUCCCACGAUGCCGCGGGCACAGCCGUGCUGGACCUGGGCAGUGAAGCCAGAGGCUUGGAGGAGAAACCCACCAUCGCGUUUGCCACGAUCCCUGCAGCCAGCGGAGUGAUCCAGACGGUGGCCAGCCAGGUGGCCCCGGGAGUCCCUGGACACACGGUCGCCAUCCUGCAGCCGGCUGCGCCAGUGGCCAUCGGGCAGCACCACCUCCCGGUGCGGGCUGUCACUCAGAACGGAAAGCACGCCAUGCCCACCAGCAGCGUAGCCGGCAGCGCCUACGCCCUCACCAGUCCCCUGCAGCUCCUGGCGACCCAGGCGAGUUCGUCCACGCCAGUGGUGGUCACCCGGGUGUGCGAGGUGGGGCCUGAGGAGCCAGCGGCAGCCGGCGCGGCAGCCGGCACGGCAGUGGCCACCGCCACACCAGCCACCACCGCCACCGCCACCACCACCGCCGCCUCGGCUUCUUCUACCGGGGAGCCCGAGGUCAAAAGGUCCCGGGUGGAAGAGCCCAGUGGGACUGGAACCACGCAGGCUGGGGUCAUCGCAGCCGCCGGCCCCCAGGGGCCAAGCCCCGGGGAGUGACGUCACCCGCUCCGGGUGGAGUGGGACUCACCCAGCAGCGCCCCCGGAGCUGAGCCUGGCAGU